UUGUCCAGAACACGUGACCAAUUCUCGAACAAUAUGGCCGCCUGUAGGCACACAAUGAGUACAAUGACAUAGGUAUUUCGCUGUUUUUUCGUGUUUUGUUAUCUUUGGAAGCUGUGAAAAUAAUUAUAAUGGCUGUUUUUAAUAAAAGUGAUUAUUUACUAACAUUGGAACGUGAAAACAAAGACAUUGCUAUGCGUUACAAAGAUAAAAUUAGAGUGAUACAGUGCAUGGAUCCUUUUACUUUCACUUCAGAAGAAAUGAACAGUUCUAUAGAAUGUUUUCCACCAGUUACUGCUUUCGAUAUGAGUUCUUAUCUGGUGCUAACUUAUCGUUUCUAUACAAAUCAGCAAAUGAAGGCCUACAAAAGUUUGACUGGCUACAAAUAUUUUGAAGCUGGAUUUGUACAUGAUUGUGAAGCAAAGUCAAUCGGAGAGCACAUUGUUGUGAUUGUCAAGGUUAAUCAUUCACAGAGGAUGAACAAUCCCCCACUGCAAGUUUGGAUUAUAUUCGAGAAAGAUGGUGCAAUAAUUUCAGCUCAUUAUACCUGCAUGGCAGGCCAUUCUGAAGUUUGUAGUCACGUUGCUGCUGUACUGUAUGGCCUGGAAUAUAUCAACCAAUUCAAUAUAUCAUCCAAUUCUAGAGUGCAGGCAUGAGGCUUUCAUGUUCACAUUCAAUGCUGAAUUUCAUCUCAUACCUAUUCUUUUUUUAUUUCUUGUUAACUGAUUUUUGACUCUUUUCAAGAACAUUCGCUGAAUGCAUAGUUUCAUUCAAUGAAUGCUAUGUAUGUAAAUAUUUCUUUGAACUGAAAAAUCAUAAUUGAAGUUUCCAUAUUGUUAUGAACCACCAUGUGAGAAAUCACUUUUUUGAAAUAACCAUUAUCGUGAAUCAUUUGUUCAAUGAAUGUGUAUUGAAACUGACUUCCUCGUCUGACGGGGAGAAUAAACAAAAAUACAAAUCUAGACUAAGUAUACAUAUUAAAAAAACAA